AUGGAUCCAAACACGAACCUCAGCAACGUUUUCGAUUUCCCGGAUCUUCCAAUGGCUCUACCAAAAAUUGAAAUUCCCGAUACUCCCGAAUUCCCGAUGCACUCACCUUCUCUCGAUCUUCAACACUUCGAUCCGCCGCGCAAUCUGGUCCCACAUCUUGCACGUCGUUGGAGCUGCGACGACUCAAAGCAUGCGGUCGACGAACUGCCCGCCUCCUACUACCAUAACCUCGGGUUCGCUCUGCAUAACCACAUUCAAAUGUCGAAUCAGCGUUAUUUAUCGGAUUUUAAUUGUCCUUCAACGGUUUCAACAAUCCCAUCUGCACACGAUUCGGGCCAACUUCCACCAUUGUCUCCGUACGAUCAUAUUGGUGUUCAGGAUCCGCAUUUGUUCUCGUCUCAUGCUUAUGGUAAUUCGAUGAUUCCAGACAGCUCAUAUUUCGAUAAUGGCUCUCGCUCGAUAUCUGCACCAACCAUUGGAAAUCCAGUCAUUAUAUCUUCGGCAAUGUCGAGUGGCAACUCUCAAUCGUGUGGUGGAAAACGGCGAUUCCGUACCAAUUUCACAGAGCACCAAUCCUUAUUCCUCGAAGACUCAUUCAAGGAGUCACACUACCCGGACCACAAAGCCAAGCGUCACAUGGCUGAUUUUCUCAACAUUCCUGAAGAUCGCAUCACAGUUUGGUUCCAAAACCGCCGUGCCAAAUGGCGAAGAAAGGAGCACCGUCAAAGGGAUCACAACCGCAGCACUGAGACAUUCUCAAAUACUCCAAACACGUCGUUUGACUAUCCAUGCUUCGCCGGGCACUCAAACCAAGAAGCUGAUGUUAAGCCUAUGCCAGGUAUAUAUCCAGAUCCAGCACAACAGGGUUCCCAUGAUCAAUUCCAAUUGCCACCAUUGUCCAAUGCCACCGCUGCCUUUUUGAAGAACCUUGACUGA